AUGAAGAACACAUUAUACAAUCUGUUUACCAGGUUGCGGCCAUUUGUUGGUGUUGUAUUUUUACAAGUCGGGCUGGCCGGAAUGGAUGUUUUAUGCAAGGCAGCGUUGAAUGAAGGCAUGAGCAAUUAUGUGCUGGUCGUUUAUCGUCACGCUGUUGCCACUCUCUUCAUGACCCCUUUCGCUGCCUUUCUGGACAAGAAGAUUCGACCAAAGAUGACACUGCCAAUCUUUACCAAGCUACUGCUGCUAGGCUUGUUAGAGCCAGUUAUAGACCAAAACUUAUAUUACAUCGGGAUGAAGUAUACAACAGCGACAUUUGCAGCUGCUAUGUACAACAUGCUACCUGCAAUCACCUUUCUAAUGGCUUGGGCUGUCAAGCUAGAGAAGGUGAGUAUUAAAACUAAGCACAGCCAAGCUAAGCUAAUAGGGACAAUAGCGACAGUUGCAGGAGCGAUGGUCUUGACCUUGAUGAAAGGUCCAAUUCUUGAUUUGGUAUGGACAAAAGCUGCAACUCAUGAUAAAGGAAGUGGUGGGACUAAUAUCCAUAAUUCAAUUAAAGGUGCCUUGAUGAUAACAGUUGGAUGUUUCAGCUGGGCUUGUUUCAUGAUUCUUCAGGCGAUCACACUGAAAACAUACCCCGCAGAGCUUUCCCUUACAUCAUGGAUAUGUUUCUUGGGAACAGUUGAAGGCUGCAUAGUGGCACUAGUAAUGGAAAGGGGCAAAUCUAGCAUUUGGGCCAUACACUGGGACACUAAAUUAAUGGCCGCUCUCUACAGUGGAAUUGUCUGCUCAGGACUAGCUUAUUACAUUCAAGGAAUAAUAAUGAAAGACAGGGGCCCUGUUUUUGUGUCAGCUUUUAGUCCCCUAUGCAUGGUAAUUGUGGCCAUCAUGAGCUCCAUAAUUUUGGCUGAGCAAAUGUACCUUGGCAGGGUUAUUGGGGCCAUUAUCGUAGUUGCAGGCCUAUACCUUGUAGUAUGGGGAAAAAGCAAGGAUUAUGCAUCCCCAUCCCCAUCAGUUGCUGAGAAAAUAUCACCAGCUUCACAGAAAGUAGAUGCAGAUAACAACACAGAGGAAAAUUUUGAACAUCAGGCCAUCAAAAUUGAUGUGUGUGAUCAAGAAAUUGUAACUGGGAAAUAGUAUUUGCAUGGCAAAAGGGUUCCUACUACCAUCUAGAAUAGAACAUCCCUCAACCAAGAGUUCAAGUUGUGUAGGCACAUCCAAAUUUUGGCAGCAUUGGACAAUAUCUUGUUGCCAAAUCAUGCAAACAUGAACAUCAACAGUUUGUAACAAUCCAUGCAAAAUUAAUUUUCGUUUAACUGUAAUGCAAGUGACUUAAAUAUCUAAGGAUCAUAUUGUAACUGAAAUGAGGGGACAAACAAUUCAAGAGUUUGAUUGUGUGCCA